AUGAGAUUACGGGAGACCAUCUCCAUCUACAUGACCACACUACUGAUCAUCGUGAUAAUACUGGUGCUGUCUUUCAACCCCAUUGCGCCCAGGCAGAGUCCCUUCCCCUAUCGAGUACCCUUGGAUCCUCAGGGACUGGCGAAGCUGGCCUGGAACAUCAGCUACUCCCAAGAAGCGGUGUACUUCUGCCUUAUGAUCAGGGAGCUGAAGUUUGGGAUGCUGUUUGGGAUGUCGGACCGAGGAGGCAUAGAGAAUGCAGACCUGGCCAUCCUGUGGAGUGAUGGCCGCAGCUCCUAUUUUGGGGAUGCCUGGACUGAUGAGCAGGCCCAGAUUCACUUGGACACGCAGCAGGAUUACCAGCUGAUUGAUGCUCACCAGUCUAACCAAGGAUUUUACCUCACCUUCAAGAGAAACUUCAACACCUGCGACAAAAGGGACUACAUCAUUGAGGGCGGCACGGUCCAUCUCCUGUAUGGAUUCCUUGAGCGGCCAGUUGCGUCCGUGGAAACCAUAAACCUGAGGUCAGUGGCCGGGGGCAUACAGAGGGUGCAGCUCCUGAAACCCGACAUCCAUACGCCUGCACUGCCCUCAGAUGUUAAGGUGUUGGAAGUCCUCGCCCCUAACGUAACAAUUCCUGACCAGGAAACAACCUACUGGUGCCACAUCAGUCACCUGCCCAGCAACUUUCCUGCACAUCACAUUGUCAUGUACGAGCCAGUGAUUUCAAAAGGAAAUGAAGCAAUUAUACAUCAUAUGGAGGUGUUCCAGUGCGCACCGCAGUUUGACCAGAUGCCUGCGUAUAAUGGGCCAUGCGACUCCAAGAUGAAACCUGCAAAGCUGAAUUACUGCAGGCAUGUGCUGGCGGCGUGGGCAAUGGGCGCUCAGGCAUUCUAUUACCCAAAAGAUGCUGGACUUCUCAUUGGUGGAGAAAACUCCUCAAAGUAUUUGCGACUGGAAGUGCAUUACCAUAAUCCUCUGAAACUCUCUGGGCGAUUGGACCGGUCUGGGAUUCGUCUGUUCUAUACACCCACCUUGAGGAAGUUCAAUGCAGGAAUCAUGGAACUGGGUCUGGUGUACACACCCAUCAUGGCAAUCCCUCCAGGCGAGACGAGCUUUGUGCUCAGUGGAUAUUGUACAGCAAAGUGUACUGAACAUACACUGCCUAAGUCUGGCAUCCGGAUCUUUGCCUCACAACUCCACACUCACCUUACUGGCACAAAGGUGAGAACUGUCCUCGUCCAGGAUGGGGUUGAGGUGGACAUUGUGAAUGCUGAUGGACAUUACAGCACUCACUUUCAGGAAAUUCGUAUGUUGCAGAAAGAGGUCACAGUGUUACCCGGGGAUGUUCUGAUAACUUCCUGCACGUACAAUACGGAGGACAGGAAUCAUGUGACCGUGGGAGGAUUUGGAAUCAACGAAGAAAUGUGUGUGAACUACGUGCACUAUUACCCCCAGACACAACUGGAGCUGUGUAAGAGUGCUGUGGACCUGAGUUACCUGCAGAAGUAUUUCAACUUCAUCAACAGGAUAGAAGAUGACGGGAUCUGUACCUGCCCCCAAGUACCUGUAACACAGCAGUUCAACGCUGUGACCUGGAGCCCUUUCAGUCGCCAAGUACUGAGGGCCUUGUAUGAUUCUGCUCCCAUCUCUAUGCAUUGCAACAAGUCUUCUGCUGUGCGUUUCCCGGGUGACUGGGAAAAGCAACCUCUCCCAGAAGUUACCAAGGUGCUGCCAGAAACUCCAGAUCACUGUCAGAGGAUGAGCCUCUUGGAGCCAGGAGAACCCACCGUCGUUGAUUUCAGCUCCGGGAAACCAGGACAGUGACGUGAGGCUCAGCCGUUCAUUGGUAGUUCGCAUCAGCGAUUGAUCGGGAGCAAAAUUAGGUGAAAGGUAUUCCUAACAGCCACACAAAACAGAUAAUUCCUCUCUAAUGUCUCAGCUGCAAGGGGCUUGUUUGUGUCUGU